CAAAAGGGGAAAUGGGCAGGCCAAUUCCCAUGUAUCUUCAAGCAAAGGAUUCGUUUUGAUAAAAUAAGAUGCUUUCCACAACUUUUUCCCCUUUCCCUUUGUAAUGGCGGUUUGCCUCUUUUUGUUAAACAGAUUCCAUCCAUAAAGAGUUAUUUACCAAGCCAAAUGUCAAUCGCCAUCUCUUUGGCACACGUGAUGGUGUGAGGCUGGCAUUAAAGGAAGCGCUUUCAGCACACACCUAAACAAUCGUGUACUUGGGUUUGUUUAUUAAUUAAUUAAUUAUUAUAUUAUGUCUUUCUUUCUGAAGGGCUCACAACAAUCGGAAUUUGACUUCCUGUGCCUGUGAAUUAAAGAAAGGAGGAGCUGAAAGCCACUUGACCGUAAGGAGAGGAGUUUCAUAGCAAAAGAAAUCAAAAUAUCAUUAGCAACAACUUUUAUUUCAAACAGCUGUGUGACAGCAUCACAAAUCACAAACUUGGAUAAAAGAAGACAGUACUGGUUAUUUAUAGCACAAUUUCUUCGAGCAGAAGCAAGAAUCCUUCAUUGUUUGGCAGUGAGUCUUGAGUUACUGUGAUAUUCUCAUGUGUGAUCUUGGCUCAUUUGAGUCUUAUUACCUCACUUGGUGUGAUGUAAGCUAUGCCGAUGGUGGUCCUUAUGGAGAGCCACUUCCGUCCAAUCAAGGCGGAGUCUAUGAGGACAACAACUAUUGGGCAAAUGAGGAAGAAGAAGAUAAUCACUUCUCAAGAAACACUCUCUACGGGAACAAACUUUUUUCCCUAUAAUGGUGAGAUGAACAACAGGCUAACGGAAUCUGAGUCCCACUAUGUAAACGGCCCUGAGAAAUCAGAUGACCUGUUUGCAGGUGAAGUAAUUCAGUACGAUAGCCAUUAUGCAGAUGAUUCCCAGGCUAUUUACUUAGGUAAUCAGUGGUUAUGGCAACUGGAUGCUGGAAACAAGGAUGAUGACUAUAAUUACCAUGUCAUGGAAGACUCCGAAGCUGCUAGUGCUGAUAGCUGGGAUGAAAUGAGACUUGUGGAGAGCAUCUUCGGUCACUGGCCUUCUCUAUUAAAGCUAGACCUGGAAGAUCGAACUGAUCCUGUAGUUGCUUGACUGUAUCAUCUUCUUUUCUGCAAAAGAUAUAUCGUACUCCCCUUUCUGUUUUUUCAGUUUCCGAGGAUUCAGUAUCUCGAAAUAUUACUGACACGUGUAGUUUUAACAUAACAACCUAAAGUGAUUCAAUAAAUAAAGAGAGUGUUUUCAGAAAGAAAUGAUCCAUGGAGAUAGCAAUACACUUCUUCGGCCCUUACUUCUUUGAGGUUGUUUUGUUCAAGGCAAAGCUAGUGCAGUGAUACUAGUUUCAUCAAGAACACAAUGAUUCUUCUGGUACUUUGAUAAGAAUCCCUAAAGUGAAACCCCAGAAUUUCAAAUCGAAAGAAGAACAAAAAGGAAAUUGCAAGAAAUUGAAAGAUAGGUGUGAGACACAAGAGAUAAUGAUCUAAUGACAAGCUUGGAUGGGUUACUAAACCCUUCAAUUAGAAACAAAAAAGCGCCUACACUAUAAGGAUGCUUCCACAAGUGAACAAGUUCAUGUGAGAAUCAUAAAUCUAAGGUUCAAUCCACAACAAUAGAAUCACACACUAAACUAGAAUAGUCACUCAAGCUAUGAGCUAAGUAGAAAACUAAGGAAAUAGG